UAUUUCCAUUUGAGUCUGUGGAGUGGUCGCUCCCCUCUCUACCCUAAACACACUCACCCACUUUCCUCUGUAUAAGCCCCUCUCUCUCCUCUCUCUUCUCUCCUGCCAUGAAAAUCGCAGUUCCUCGAGACAAAACCUCCUCAGAAAUCUCCCAUCUCUGAUGACUUUUGCUUCCUUAGUUUUCACUUUACUGUCCGAACGCUCUCAAGAACUUUGAGACACCCCAAUAAACGAUUAAAGAGACUAUCAAUAAUACAGAUAAAAACCAAACCAAACCCAUGGCCGAGAAUCUUGCUUGUGGUGAAACCACCGAGUCAUGGAUCAUUGACAACGACGACGAUGAUAUCAACUAUGGCGGCGGAUUUACGAACGAGAUUGAUUACAGUCAUCAACUUUUUACUAAAGACGACAACUUUGGCGGCAACGGAUCAAUUCCGAUGAUGGGUUCUUCUUCUUCAUCGUCCUUGAGUGAAGACAGAAUCAGAGAGAUGUUGGAGAGAGAGAUUGAGUUCUGCCCUGGAACUGAUUAUGUUAAGAGAUUGCUUUCUGGUGAUUUGGAUUUGUCUGUUAGAAACCAAGCUCUUGAUUGGAUUUUAAAGGUUUGUGCUCAUUACCAUUUUGGAGCUCUGUGCAUAUGUCUAUCCAUGAACUAUUUGGAUCGGUUCUUAACGUCCUAUGAAUUGCCGAAAGACAAGGAUUGGGCUGUUCAGUUGCUAGCUGUCUCUUGCUUAUCAUUAGCAGCCAAAAUGGAAGAAACUGAUGUGCCUCAAAUUGUUGAUUUACAGGUGGAGGAUCCCAAGUUUGUUUUUGAGGCCAAAACAAUAAAAAGGAUGGAGCUUUUGGUUCUCAACACAUUGAACUGGAGAUUGCAAGCUCUAACUCCAUUCUCCUUCAUUGAUUAUUUCGUCGACAAGAUUAGUGGUCAUGUGUCAGAGAAUUUGAUCUAUAGAUCGUCGCGAUUCAUCUUAAACACCACCAAAGCAAUUGAAUUCUUAGAAUUCAGGCCUUCUGAGAUAGCUGCAGCAGCAGCAGUGUCUGUCUCCAUUUCAGGAGAAACAGAAUGCAUUGAUGACGAAAAGGCGAUGUCUAAUCUCCUAUAUGUAAAACAGGAGAGAGUGAAGAGAUGUUUGAAUCUGAUGAGAACUCUCACAGGGGAGAAUGUGCCGGGAACUAGUUUAUCGCAGGAGCAGCCGCGAUUAGCAGUAAGAGUGGUACCGGCAAGUCCAAUUGGAGUGUUGGAAGCAACAUGUUUGAGCUAUAAGAGUGAAGAGAGAACAGUUGAGUCAUGUACAAAUUCCUCACAGAGUAGUCCAGACAACAACAACAAUAGCAACAAGAGGAGGAGAAAACAAUGAGAGAGAAUAAAAGAGUCAUACAUUUCUUUUACAAAUCAAAUCCACAAGGACUCAUGACAUUUGAGGUUCUUAUUUUAUUUUUGUUUUGUUCCUUUUUUUCUACAGAAAAUUUCUUUUCUCUCUUUGAUUUCUCAUUUUCAAUCUAAAAAUUGGAUUGGAAAUGAGAGUUUUGUGAGAGAGGAAAAAAGAAAAUAAGAGAGAGAGAGAGAGCUCUUACAUAAAGGCGGCAAAAUUAAUAAGUCAUUAUUGAUGAUGAUGAGAGA